AUGAGUAUCGAUCUCAAACACAUUCCCUGCCCAGCUGGCAUCAAGUGUACAGCCUUCAUGUGCAUUUUUGGCCACGAGAGCGACAAGGACAAGCAAAAGGAGAAGCAGCCCUCCCAACCGAGCGACGUGACCCAGAAGUCAGCGCCGUCUGACCACAUUGAGUCUCGCAAGACUGCAGUAGGUAGCCAGGCUGGCACUGCUCCCCCCCAGACCUCGAAAACCGAGUCAACUGAGGCGAGAAGCCGCACUACAAACACCGCCCCGGCAACAAUUACAAGGCCGGUAUCUCCUCCGCCGCUCAAGCGCGCGUCUGCAAAACCACCAUCAGCCCUCUCCGCUACCAGUUCCCCAGCCCCAGCUCGGCCUAAGCGACCUUUAGAAGGGAGCGAGUCGAGCACAGGGAGCUCGCCAGCCAAAAAGAGGAAGCCAGAGUCGCUCAACCCUCGAUUACUCAAGAGCGCACCCGCUAGCCACGAGACUCGUCUCAAACUGGUCAAGUUGCUAAUAGCUGAGUACAAGCGUCUGAACCAGGAGCUCCAAAUGGAUGCAAGCGACGACGAGAACCGUUUAUUAUUGUCAGAACAGGAUCUGAUACACAAAGUCCUGGACGAGGAGGAAAAGACUGCCGUUGAGAAGCCAGCAGUAUACGCCAAUAUCAUGAAGAAUAGAAUCAUGCAGUACAAGCGCAUGCCUGUCUCUCAGUGGAAAACAAAAAGAGAAGAAGAAAGAGCCACGGAACUGAGCAAGUCCAGCAGCGGCGACGGGAUGAAUAUCCCCAAGUUCGUCGAAACAGGCCUGGCGCCUGCUCUGGAAGUUGAGCUUCUGCAGCGUCUGCUCACCCCGAUCACGGACCUAACUCAGCAUGGAUAUGUGCCGACAGUUCCCUCAGAGGAAGCCAUAAAGAAGGCCCAGGAAGGCAGGGAGGCGGGCAAGGGCUGGGAGAAGUGUGAUCGCUGCCAGGCGCGUUUCCAGGUCUUCCCAGGACGACGCGUAGAAGACGGAGCCCUCACUUCUGGCGGAAGUUGCAGGUUCCACUGGGGAAAGACUUAUCUUCCAGCCAAAACGCCAGGCGACAGGACAAAGAUCCCGAAACGGUAUCGUUGCUGCAACGAGGAUGUUGGCGAAUCGGCAGGGUGCACCACAAUGGUAAACCAUGUCUACAAGGUCAACGACCCCAAGACCCUGGCGUCCAUUUUGAACUACGUGGAAACACCGGACAACCCCUCGGCGCCAAAGGACAGAGCAGUGGGAUUCGACUGCGAGAUGGGGUACACUGUACACGGGCUGGAGCUCAUCCGGUUGACAGCCGUCGCCUGGCCUUCCGGAAAAGAGCUCCUGGAUAUUUUAGUCCGGCCUUUGGGAGAUAUUCUGGACCUGAACUCACGCUUCUCGGGCGUAUGGCCGGAAGACAUGGCCCAGGCCAAGUCUUGGUCUCCUACCGACGAUCCUUCAGAGCUGGCUAAGAGCAGCUCGGACGGGGGAAGCGAAGACGGCGAAGUCAGAUCUCGUAAGAAGGAUCUCAGGAUCGUCUCCUCCCCUGAGGUGGCCCGCGAACUUCUCUUUUCCCUAAUCUCCCCGGAUACGCCUCUGAUCGGCCACGGAAUCGAGAAUGAUCUAAACGCUGUGCGUAUCGUUCACCCAACAGUUAUUGAUACUGUCCUGUUGUUCCCCCAUAAAGCCGGCCUUCCCUAUCGGUACGGUCUCAAAAUGCUUAUGGACCAGCAACUGAACCGAAAGAUUCAACAAGAGACUGGGCCGAAGGUGCUUGGGCAUGAUUCUGCCGAGGACGCUCGAGCGGCAGGUGAACUGGUGCGUCUCCGAGUAAUGCAGGAAUGGACCAAGUUGAAGAAGAGAGGGUGGAAGUCGGUAAAAGGGGAACUCGUUCCACCAGAGCAGUGGUAG